GAAGGUCAGAGAGCCUAAAGGCAGCUCCACAGCCUCCUUCUUUCUCCUCAGCCUUGUGGCAGCUUGGAUCAGGCCUAAAGGAUGAACAUGUCCCCCACUGUGGCCUCUCUGCUGUGGCUUGGGCUGUGUCUGGCUCAGAUCGCUGCUGCAGGGGCUCAGUCCCUCCCUUCAGUGGGCUCCUGCCCAUCUUCCAGCUCAGAACAGAAGGGCACCUCCAUGGCAGGGACCCCCAAACCCUUCAUUAGGGUUGAGCCCGGCUCUGUGGUGCCCUGGGAAGCACACAUACAUUUCUGUUGCCGGAGCCCAUGGAGAAGUGGGAGUUUUCAGCUUUGGAGGGAUGGAGGAUGCUCACGUCAGAUAAACACCUCCAGAGAGCAGGCUGAGGGCUGCUUUCCAACUUUGUUAGCUGCUCCAGGGAGCUACAGCUGCAGCUCCUCCCGGGGACUCCACUGGUCGGAGCUCAGUGACCCCCUGCAGCUGCUGGUGACAGGACAUUUCUCCAAACCCUCCUUACGUGGACAACCAAGCACCAUGGUCGCUGGAGGAGACACAGUGACCCUCCUGUGCCAUGUGUUAUCCCACCAUAAUAAUCAAAAAUUUAUAUUCUCUCUGCUGAAGUCUGGAGCGUUGGGUCCAAUACAGUACCAGAGCCUAGGUGGGAGUGCAGCCAGCUUCACUCUCCUGUCUGUGAAGGCUGAGGAUGCUGGGAACUACAGCUGCAUUUACUCACUGGAAGGGAGAGCAUCAUGA